AGAAAGCGGAGUGGCUGAACAUUUCUGUUGCUGCCGCGCUGCUGCAUUUCACUUCCUUCCACAAAGCGCCAUGGCAUCGGAGAAGAAGCUUGCGAACCCUAUGAGGGAAAUCAAAGUGCAGAAGCUUGUCCUCAACAUCUCCGUCGGCGAGAGUGGCGAUCGUCUCACCAGAGCUUCCAAGGUCUUGGAACAGCUCAGCGGCCAAACCCCUGUCUUCUCCAAGGCUAGGUACACUGUGCGUUCAUUUGGAAUAAGGCGUAAUGAAAAGAUUGCUUGCUAUGUCACCGUUAGGGGAGACAAGGCCAUGCAACUCCUUGAGAGUGGGUUGAAGGUCAAGGAGUAUGAGCUGCUUAGGAGGAAUUUCAGCGAUACUGGCUGCUUUGGUUUUGGAAUCCAGGAGCACAUUGAUCUCGGGAUCAAGUAUGAUCCUUCUACUGGAAUCUACGGCAUGGAUUUCUUUGUCGUCUUAGAGCGUGCUGGAUACCGUGUGGGUAGGCGGAGGAGACGAAAGUCCCGUGUUGGAAUUCAACACAGGGUCACCAAAGAAGAUGCAAUGAAGUGGUUUCAAGUUAAGUACGAAGGAGUUAUUCUUAACAAGUCCCAACAAAUUGUAUCCUAGACAGCACUAUUUUAGUUUUUUUUUACUGGUAGUCAGCAACAUGCAACUAUUUCAUUUGGUUUUCUUCAAGUUUUGAUGGGAUUUUUCCCAGUUUUAUGAAGCAAGAUAUUUGUUUCAUUUUGAGUUCAAUACAAUGCCGGUAUUGUUUUUAUUUAA